AUGGCGAGGAAAUUGGAAGCAAAAAGAAAACAUUUCUGUCGUGCCAUUCUGUCGGCGAUGCGGCUUCUCGUCUUCUGCACUUUCUUGCAAUUCAGUUCAGGUAUUCGAAAAAUAGGCAAUUUUCGAGGCUUGUUAUUACAAUUUUCUACUCUGGCAUGUUUUAAAAAAACAAAGAAACAACCGUUUAAAACUUCCAAAAGUUUAUAUUGCAAACUAAUAAAUUUUAUCGUUUCCGAAAAUUUCAAAACUUUCUCCACAAAGUUCAACUCUCGAUAAGUUUACAAAAAGUUUACCAGCGUUGAACAACUGCCCAACAAGUUCAAUUCGUGCGGUGAUAGAACGAGCUGCUGAGACUACAGUCGAUCCUGUCAUCCAGAUUCAGGUAUCCUUUCUUUUUGAAAGAACUUCCGGGAGUUUCCUGAAAACAUUUCUGAACAGAUGGUGCGCCGAAUCCUCGAAGACGUCUACGGCGGUACGUGGGGAGUGCUAGUCAUUCGGAAUCCAGCCCUCGUUUCGAAAGGUCUGUCUUCUUCUCCUCGGGAGAAACGGGAGUUCAGAGGUCCAUUGGACGUUUCCCGACCACUCGAACGAAGACGGAUCGCCAGCCUUCUGUCUGACAGUCAUCAAUGGAAUUCAGUACAACGUCUUCAAGACAGGAGCCGUUGAUUCGACGAACAGAGUCACCGUGGAGGACCUUAUUCAGAAGUUUGUUUCUCAACUGUGUCUGAGAAAGAGACAGAAACCUAGGCUCAGUGUGCACAAAGCACGGCACUCGGACGAGAAACCUCUGCCUCGAAGAUUCACUGUGAGAGAGCUCGACCGAGUUCUCGCAAGUGCCAUUCAAGGCGACGGCGUCGUUUUCAGAAGUCGAGUCAACCGUUCCCCGCGGCUUGUUUAUUAG